AUGGCCGAGCUAGUUGGAACAAUAGCCAGCGCCUUAACCUUUGCCGCCCUCGUCGCUCAAGUCGGCAAAUCGAUAGUAACCCUGAAAGAAUGCUGGAACGACAUCCAACACGCGCCCGACAAUUUACGUACUCUUGUGCGAGAAAUAGAGCUAUUCGGUGAGAUAUUGGACGAUAUCGAGAGCGACCUUCAGCAACAAUCUCUUGCCACAGCGCUGGGCAAUAGCAAGCAUGCGGCACAGAGUUAUCGGUUUUGUAAGCAGGCGGCGGAAGACUUGGAUGCGGCAUGUCAAGAACUAUUGGAAGAUUUGAGGCCGGGCGGUACUCGGACUGACCGCAGUGGGAAGAUGAAUAAAUUCAGAAGGGGUUAUGGCGCUGUGAAAGUGGGGAUUCUGAAGAAGGGAAAGGUCGAGAGACUUGUUGGGAGGUUGCAGAACGCUAUGCGGCUGUUGUUGUUGUCUCAACAGUGUUAUACAAGGGCGCUGAUUCAGGUCCAACCCGAACUGAUUGCGCAGAGAAUUGCGCAGGAUGUGACGCCGACAACAGUCACACAGAUAGAGUGGUCUGAAGUGACAUAUACGCCUGUGUCCUAUGCAGACAGAAAAGAAUCCCAUAGGCUAGAGCCAUCAGUCUCGACAUUGCAUAAUGAGUCGAUCAAAGCCCAGAGAAGCAAUUUUCUGUGGCGUCUCAGUCUGCCAUCUUGGAUUACUGCUCAAACAUUUGAGUUAGCUGGCACGCAAGCGCGCGAUGGUUGGAGAUGGGGGUUUCGCACUUACAAUGAAAUCCGCGAGGACUCGAAAACAGUGCACUGUGUGGAAACCGGCAACCUCAAAGGGUUACAAGAGCUGUUUUCUUCAAAACAGGCUUCACCUUUUGAUCGUGUUCAUACUACUGGUUACACUCUUCUCUUUUUUCCUCAGUAUGCACACUCUGCGAACCGGGCAGAGAUUAUCAAAUUCCUUUUACAGCAAGGAACAGACCCUGGUCUUCAGGGACACGGCAAAGUCGACUUCAACACAGCCCUCCGGCACUUAGUAUGGACAGGAAACAUGUUCAGUCCUGAAAGUCGACAUUUACUCCCAUCAAUGCGUCUCCUCUGUCCCUCCGAGGAAAUGAUCUACGACACACCAGAAGAAGUCCUCGGCGGGAUUCUUUCAGAUUUCCAUGGCUCUGCAGAAGAGUUCCUCUUCUUCCAGCGCCAGUUUUGUCCGACAUUCUAUGAUAUGCCCCAAUGGGUCCGAAUUGCAGUGGCAGCCCGCGCAACAUCGGGUAUUUGGGAUGCGAACCACAUGCCUGAGCUAGUUCGAACUAUUCUCGGCGAGAAGCCAUGGAAGCCGGAAAAUCUGCAACUCAAGACAUCUUGGCGGUGGUGGACGGAGAUGACAUUGGUGCAUUGCAUUGCGAUGAGAAUUGGUGGAAGUCUAGCUGCGCUGGAAAAACUCCAACGAGAGCGGAGAGGAUUCACACUCAAAGGCGGAAGAGGUGGUAUGAUUGAAUUUGAGAAGAAACAUCUAGAAGCACUGCGCCUCUAUGAGGCAUGGAACGCUUUAUUCCGCGAUCUCUUGCUGGCGGGUGUGGAUCUACACCAUGUUGUCGGUGGGAUGACACCUUUCCUCGCCUUCUUAGGAGGAUUUAUAUACUGGUGGGACUUUAAUCAGUGUGCCAUGAAAGGAUGGGAUCUUGCAGUUCAUGUCUGGGUAACAGACCUUCAGACUGGGGGUGUGGAUCUACAAACGUUUGGACCGAUGGAGGAGCAACUCUGGAAGAAGGGGUUGACCGAACGCGAUGUGUUUUGGAGAAGAAACUGGGGUUGGCAGCGGGUGAUUGGUUUCUCUCAUGGCCAAUAUCCCCAUAGUUGGGGAUUAUGGCUCUCUGAACGAUCUGAUGGUUAUUCAGGGGAAUUCUGGGAGAUGAUGGAAGAGCCUACCACAGCAAUUCCAGGAGCUUGGCCGGACGCAUAG